AACGUCAGCUGAGUUUGUUAACCACAAUGGAAAGGUACCAGAACGCUUCGUAUACAUGUUUGUAAAUAUUUGCACGUGAUUUCAAAAUAGUGGACGUUAUACUUUUUAGAAUUAUGUGUUCGUUAAAAAUCUCUUCAGUAUAAAAUAAAACAUAUUUAUUUAUACCAUCGGGGUGCUGUUACAAUAAUUAUGGAAUUUAUUUUGGAAGAAGAUUCCGUGAUAAACGAUGACUUAAUACUUAGUAAUUCAUUAAGUAUUAGCAUCAACGAAGAGCAAGCAGGAGGUUCCAGUCGCUUGUCUGUGAUAUUUCUCAUUAUCAAUGCUGCUCUAGGAGCUGGAUUACUGAACUUCCCGCAAGCAUUUGAUCAAGCUGGGGGAGUUCUAACAGCGUUAUCAGUGCAAGCUGUGUUGCUGGCAUGGAUAAUGGGUUCGUUGAUAAUCCUGGCCUACUGCGCCGACCAGGCGUCUGCCAGGACGCUGCAGGACGUCUUGGAGUGGUCGUGUGGCCGCACCGGGCUCUGGGUCGGCAGCGUCUGCAUCACCGUGUACUGCCUGGGCACGUGCGUCACCUUCCUGGUCAUCAUAGGGGACCAGUUUGACAGAGUGUUGUCUUCCCAGCAUGGCUCAGACUUCUGCUAUUACUGGUACAUGAACCGUGGCUUUACCAUUACUGCGAGCUCCACCCUGCUGAUACUACCCCUGUGCUACUCUAGGAGGAUAGACUUCCUUAAAUAUGCCAGCUCGUUGGGUGUUGUGGAAGUCCUGUGCGUUGUGGCGCUGAUAGUCUACGAGAAAUACUAUGGAGGUUUCGUUCCUGGCCCGGUGAAGAGCGCGCCGGACCACUGGACGGACAUGUUCCUCGUCAUUCCAGUCAUAUGCUUCGGAUACCAGUGCCACGUGAGUGUGAUCCCGAUCUACGCGUGCCUGAAGGGCAGGAGUCUGCGCAACUUCACGCUGUGCACAUCGUGCGCGAUCGGCCUGUGCGCGGUGGUGUACACGCUGGCGGGGGCGUUCGGCUACCUCACGUUCGGGUCCCUCGUCACCAGCGACAUCCUCGAGUCGUACGACAAGUCCAGCCCCCUGGUGCUGAUGGGCGUCGUCUCCAUCGCGGUCAAGACGAUCACCACCUACCCCAUCCUGCUGUUCUGCGGCCGGGAGGCGGUGUCGCAGCUCUGGUGCAGCUUCUUCCACACGCUGUCGGCGGACGUGGCCCUCCAGGAGCGGUCGCGCCGGGUCGUCAUCACCAGCGCGUGCUUCGCCCUCACCCUGGCGCUGGCCGUCGUCAGCCCCGACAUCGGCUCCGUCAUCGACAUGCUGGGCAGCCUGGCCGCCGUCUUCAUCUUCGUCUUCCCAGGUGUGUGCCUCCUGCUGUCUACUCUCCGCAAGGAUCCUCACAUACUGCUGAACAAGGACAAGUUCAUGGUGGUCGUGUCUGCGUUCCUCAUCCUCUUCGGGACGUUCAUCUUCGGUCUGGUGUUUGUGCAAGCGGCAGAGCGGUUUGCAUCGCAAACUAAACAUGUCAAUGAGCUGUGCUUUAGGGCUUAGCUAAUGAAUUAAGUUUACUACUGACUUAAUCAUUGCAGCUGUUUACAAACUGUGAUAAUUUUAUAUAUAUUAUAUAUAUAUAUGACCAAUUUAUGUAAUAGUUUUUAUACAUAUAAUUUCAUUUAAGACUACUCAUCAAAGUUCAUAUAAUUUUUAUUGUUUUGCUAGCUGUUGUUCUUGGAGUGAUAGAAUAUUUUUAAUUUGAUGCUCAUUUUCUUAUCUUUAAGUUUUUAAUUUAGAUUUACAAUUGAAACUCUUAAAAAUAAUGAAAAUUUAAAGUGAAAACUAACCUGGCAAAAAGGGCCAACAAAGUAAAGUGUAUAAUUGUGAUGCAUGUUGGAUAGUUAGAAAAAAAAUCCACGUGAAUUAUUGAACAUGGUUUGCAUCGACUCUGGGCAAUCUCCAGGUCAUUACAUUGGGUUUCCAGAGUUCCCAAUAAUUAUUUAAUUUUUUUUUUACAACAAAAUUGCCUUACUAUCAUUGGCAGCAGACUGGACCCCAAAUAUUAAUCUACAAAUGGCUAACUACCCACUUUGUUUUUUGAAAUAAUUUCAUUAAAAAAUGAUUUUGAUCAUCAUUGAUUGAUUGAAGAUAUAUCCUCAAACACCAUAUAAAACCUCAUUGCUCAUUGGUAGGGCCCCCUGAAAGUGGUAAAUAAAAUUUUCAGAUUUCGUCAUUAAAAAUUACCAAAAGCGGUGUUAAAAUUCACUUUUAAAACACAAAAGCGGUGCUAAAAUUCACUUAAAAACACAAAAGCGGUGCUAAAAACUUAAAAAAAAAAAAGUGUGUGUUACCGUAAAUAUAUCUGAAAUUAUUUAAGUAAAAUAAUUUUACUUGUACCUACUCAUUACUGAAUACCCUAAACAUAUAGGUUACAUAUAUUUAUAUGACAAUACUUUUGAUUUAGACACUGAUUAUUAGUUUGUUCCCAUAAACUUUACGCCACUCCCGCUGCCUGGUUUUAGCUUUUAAUUAAUUAUUAGUAUUGUAAAAUAUCUCAGGGUUUUUAACGGGGGUUCGGCCUCGUGGCUGCAGGCAGGGGUGCGUCUCGGAGUUUGAAAAUUACGUUCAGAAAUUACCUGGGCUGUUUAGGCCACCCAGGACGCCUUGAAAAUAAUUAAUAAACAGAUUAUCAGAACACUGCACUUUAUUCAACGUCGAUACACUGGAUGGUCCUUUUACUGGCCGCGUCCGUUGUCGUACCGCUGUGACACACGUAAACGCCGGCGAAUAAUACGCGCGACCAGGAUAGGUUGCAAAGUGAAUCGACGGGCUGAAGCUGUGGCUACGUGUCUCUGAGUAAGAUUUAGCCUACAGUCACGGAAUUGUGGACGCGACAAAUUAUACAGAAAAGUUAACGAGUAGCGGAGUCCCUGUGAUCAGGGUGGUUUGCAGCCUAGCCUGCGACAAAACUACAGACUCGAAAAGUUAUGCAAUCACGUCAGUGAGCGACGUACGCGUAAAGUCUCAAUGCGUGGCAAGAUAGUCACUUAAAACACACGUUGCCAAUUACACUAAAACAUGAAGAAAGUUACAGUAUGAAAGUUAUUCAGUCUUUCACAAGAUUCUCGACGAUAACAAUUAAUGGGCUACUGGAGCCGAAAACUGCGUGCCAAUAUUACGCGGUCCUUAAACUGGACAUGGCCUUACGUAUUACGUUUAAAAUCCCUAAAGGGAAUUAAAUAUUAAGUUAAAUGUCGCACGAAGUAUCGUGCGACUUAAGUGGGGUCGGCGCCGAGCUAAUUGAAAGGUUUGUAGAAACUUACACUAUUGCUGAAAUGUUGAUGAGAAACUAGAAGUGCUGGCCCGACGUUCGCGGAGCGUCCGACCCCGGAGAGCCCGCGAUGAAGACUGCUCGAGACCGCCCGGCGGCCUCGCGCCUAAACGCGUGGAACGCGGGAAAACCGACCCGACCAGUUUUGGACUUAGAAACAAAUUACACGACAUAUGCUUAUAAGACAAUUAGACAUAAUUACCCUUACAUGAACCCUUCUUUUAAAUUGUUAUUAAUUUGGUUGUUCUAAUUAACAAAAUAAUCAAGAGUUUAAUUAGGCGCAUUGCCACACCCGGCCGGGCGCUGUCGUCGUUGCGGCGUUCGUUGCGGUGCACUUUCUUACACUUUGUGAAGAUCACGCUCGGGCGUGUUCGUCGCACUUCGGAGCCAGUGUUGUUGUGGCAUAACGACCUUUGCGGACCAGAGGGAGCACCGGCGGUUGGCGUCAAACUAAUUUGUAAAACUAUUAAUCCCUUUAACAAAAUCGAGGACGCAUCACAACUCCGAAAUGCCAAAUUGAUCACACCGACAGCUAGAAAACUGCUGUGUACCACAACGCCGAAAAAUGUCAUUACAGGGCUGCCACAAAGGUUGGGUUAGGUUAGACUAGGUUAGGUUAGGUUAGGUUAGGUUAGGUUAGGUUAGGUUAGGUUAGGUUAGGUUAGGUUAGGUUAGGUUAGGUUAGGUUAGGUUAGGUUAGGUUAGGUUAGGUAAGGUAAGGUUAGGUAAGGUAAGGUAAGGUUAGGUAAGGUAAGGUAAGGUAAGGUAAGGUAAGGUAAGGUAAGGUAAGGUAAGGUUUGAUUGUGGUAUUUCGGCGUUAAGGUACAUUUAAGAAAUGCACACAAAUUCAUUCAGUUGUUAUUUCGGCGUUGUGGUCAAUUUUGACAUUCGGCGUUAUAGUAUUUCCGCGUUGUGGUUACGUCCUAACAAAAUCUAUAAAAACUGUUGGCCAACUAAUCAUCAUCGUCACACCAUUCGAAAAUUAAUGUUUGUUUACAUUUUUCCGCUUUAUGGCGCGAUUUAAAAUGCUUGUGCCUGGUUCGCCCGAUAAUCUGCUUGAUACUACGACGCUGUUCCAACUAUAUGCCAGCGCCCCCAGCUGACGUGAUAUGGCCACUCACGUAAGGCUAUUCCAAACACCGUUCGCCCAAUCAUCUGCUUGCUUUUGUAUUUAUCAGGUGUCGCUGUUCCAAGCUGACGUCAGUGCCCCGAGCGGUGUGUGAUGUGUGUACGCUACAAAACUUCGCCUGUUUGUCUUAUCUAUCCAAACAUUAUGCCAGAAAGGAAAAUAAACGCCGUAGUUUUGCGUAUUUUAACAGUAUAUUUUUGGGUUUAACAUUAUAACGUGAGCGUGUGUAAGCUUUUGUUUGCUUUAGUUCAUUUAUGAUUAAUGUUUGGCGGCCAUGUUGCGGUGUUUGUUACCAUUGACGAGACAAGUCUUUUAUCCAGUAUUUAAAUUUCGCGUAAAAACACUGCGAUUUCGCGUUUUAAUACAAAAUUUCGUGUAAAAACGCUGUGUUAUGGCGAUUUCGCGUAAAAACUGUAUUUAACGGUGAUUUCGCGUUUAUCGUCGUUUAAUCGCGAUCGCGAAAAGAACAGGCCCCUACUCAUUGGUAAGUGCUAGAAAAAUUAGCAUCUAUAGCUCAUAUUAUUUUACACAUUAACAUAUGAAAUUGUAUAAUUAGCAUUUUUAAUGCUAUUUAUUUAAAACAGUAUUUACAUUAUAAAUGUUUGUAAACUAAAUAUUCACAUAUACAGAUACUUACAAAUAACUCUUUAGUUCAAUUUUAUACAAUAAAAAUAUUUUUAAUGUCUUUCUAAACUAAAAACACAAAAAAAAAUCUUAUUUUACUUAAAAAAAUUGGUGUGCAAUAUGCUAACGAACAUUAAAUUGCAUGUUAAAUUCAUAGAAUAAAACACAAAUCAACUGGAUUAAUUGGGUGGGGCUUAUUAUGUUGAUGUUAUUUUGGAUACAUGUAACUUGGCUGCAUCACAGAGACAUGGCAAUAUCACGAAACAUGAUGGUCACGAAAACUAGUGUAGAGAACAAUUAGCAGGAAAUCGCCACAGGGUCAACACCGUGUACCUGUAGUACUGCUGUGGUUACUUCACGCUCCUGCUAAAGCAAAAUGCAAGAGUGCAGCCUGUUUUGUUUUCAUCUUACUAGCCAACCAUACAACAAUACAACAUUAAUCUGCGAGAUUUGAAAAUUUGUGGCAAAGAUGGUUGACGUGUGUUGUGUUUGUGUAUUACCCAAAGUGCUGAUAACAUAAAAUUAAAAUAAUUUAAUCAUAAAUGUGCAUGUGUCCCAGACAAACUGCAAAGUACAAAUCACUGACAGUCUACAAGACUGGUUUGUUUCUUUUAAGUUGAGAAGAUAUAUUUUGUAAAACAAUUAUCAAAACUGUCAAAAAAAUAUGUAGCAGAUACUUGGAAUUUUAUGAAGAAUAUUUAAAAGUAAGUAUUAUUUUAAACAAAUUAGCUGAAAAAAUAAUAGCAUCUAAAAUGUAAAUUAGCAAUAUAUAUAUAUAAAAUCUAUAGUAAAAUGCUAAUUUUUCUAGCCCCUACUCAUUGGUUUUAUAAGAAUGUGCCAAAAAAUUACAUUAAGUAAUAAUUUUCUAUAAGAUUACUAAAAUCCUUAAAUCCUUAAAUUUACCAUCCUCAAAGCACAAAACUCAUAAAUCCCUAACACACAGGUAAAAUUCAAAUUCAUCAGACAUAAAAAAUAAUAUGAUAGGAUCAUAUGUAUUUAGUUAAAUUCCAGUAGAGGCAUUUGAAUGUUGAACCUUGGUGGUCACACAGCUAGAAGUAAUUAUUAAAAGUAGAAUUUUCAGUCUGGUAAUAGUGGUAAUAUUUCUUUAAAUGUAAGUUCUGUUUACGUUUCGGUUAUCCGUGGACCCCUGCUUGUCAUUACCCUGGAUAGUCUGGAAUCUUCUGUAUAUGUUUUAAAUGGCUGGCUGCAGCAGUAUUGAAUGAAGCAUACUACAAGUAUGUUUUUCAAUUUCUAGUUUUGUUUUUAUUUUCACCAUUGGUGUACAGAAUUUUAAAAAUGUAGAUAAUGUGCAUUGAAAAUGUUAUGUGUAAUUGUAAUCGUGGGACCAAUUUUUCAAUGAAAUGUUUUUUUUUUCUUUUUUAGUACUUUUUAAAUGGACUUUCAAUGUACAUUGAUAACAAAUAUGAAAUGAAAAACAAUAUUUAAUACAUUUUUAACUUUGUGAUAUAUAAGUGAAAUAUUGUAAUAAUAAUAAUAUUUCAUACUUACAGUUAUGUAAACAUUUAUAUUGUUCCUUGACAGUUAUUUUUUCCAUUAUUGUACAUAAUGAUAAAAGUUUUAAUGGAGAAAGAAUUUCCAUUGCUGAAUGAACUUAAAUGUAUUUUGUUUAGUAGUUAGUAAAGUUUUAUAUUUUGUAUAAAUUUGUUUGUAAAAAUUAUCUUGUUAGUUUUUUAUUGUUAGUUAAUCUUUAACAGAAUGUAACAUUAAGUGAAAUAGUGAAUAAUAAUAUUUUGCAAAUUAAAUUAUUCAAUUUUUUAACCAGAAAUAAUAAUCUCAAUACUAUUAGAAUUAAAGUACAUACUAUAUCCUUUAUUUUAAAACUCCUUUUUCUUCAUUAUGAUUCUUCAAUUCCUGAAAUCGCCAAAACUGUUUUUCUGGUUCUUUGAAAAAUUUAAAAUAGGAGUUUGACUGUAUGUAGUACUCUGCUAAUGUUACAGUAGUAUAUAUUUCAACUUCAGUGUUUACAACGUUACAACUGUUGUAAAUAUAUACCAGUGUGAAUAUACAGAUAAUUUUAUAAUGUUCAUAUGUGUUUAUAUUGUAUUUAAAAAAAACAUAGUCCCAAUUUCUCUUGUGCAAACAUUUUAUGUUAAUAAAACACCAUGUAUGUUUAUUCUGUAGAUUGAAAGAUUAAACUGUUGUUGAUAGCAAAAAAAAAAGUUGUAAGUGCAUAUGUGUACUUUGGAAGCAUAAUACUCUGUCACAAGAGAGCUGUUUGAUAUUAGUGUUGUAGCCAAACAGUGGUCAAGUUUAUAAUUAUAAGUGCAUUUUGCCCAGUAGUGAACAUAGUG